CAGCACUGUUAACACGCGCUUUUAAAAAACGAAAACAAAGUUUUUAAGGACAAAUCAAAACAAAUGGGUGUUCGUGGCUUAACCAGCUACAUAGCGCAGCGCGCCGAGGUCUAUUUGAAACCCUUUGAGCUCCACAACACAGCGCUAGUCAUCGAUGGCGACAAUUUGGCGUGUAAUUUGUACAAAGACGUGACCGGCACUUAUUCCGCUUUCGGCGGCGAUUACGAUGAUUUCUAUCGCGCCGUUCUUCAGUUUUUCCAGGUGCUCGCCGAGUGCAAUAUUCGUCCCUAUGUGCUCAUGGAUGGUGGCUACGAGGAACGUAAAUUGCGCACUGUUAGCAAGCGAUUGCGUGGCAAGAUUUCCGUGAUUAAAAAGAUAAAUCCCUGUGCCUCCAUCACCCUCUUCCCACUGCACCUCAAGGAGGUGUUCAUAGACGCCGUCAAGGAUUGCGGGGUCCCCCUCAUGCGUUGCGUCUUCGAGGCGGACGAUGAACUCGCCGCUUUGGCCCGUAAACUCAACUGUCCCGUACUAUCGUAUGAUUCGGAUUUCUAUAUACACAAUGUCAAGUAUAUCCCGCUGAUCACACUGACCGUCAAGGUGCUCACCAAGCAGAGGAAGCAGUCGGGAUCACAAUCACACAAUCGCAGAUUGAGGCAACACGAGGCGAAGCAUGUAGAGAAACGCACCAAGUCCCACAAAAUCAUGUCGGGCAUUAAAACUGCCUUCUCGGAGUCACCGGCAAAGGCGGGAAAGACGUACAAGUAUCUGGAUUGUUGCAUCUAUCGUGUAGAGCAUCUGUGUGGGCGUGGCGCCCUUGGCCCCGAGAAGCUGCCUCUCUUUGCCGCUCUCCUGGGCAACGAUUACAUAGCGCGCUCUGCCUUUCGCAACUUCUUUGCCGCUGGCUUGGGAAAAGCUGGACGCAGUCGAAAAUUGAAGCAACAACAGCGACGGAUUCGAGUGAUUCUUCAAUGGCUGCGGGAGCAGACGGCGGAGUCCGCAUUGAACAAAGUGCUCUCCCGGUUGAAGAAGUCCCAGAGAGAUUCUCUGGUGGCUCAGGUGCAGGCGGCCAUUUCGGGCUACUCCAAUGAACUCUGUCACUCCUAUGAUUUCUUUGACAAGCACUACGAAGCAGCUUUUCCCUGCAUCGAAGCCUACAGCGAGCCGGAAGAGGAGGAGGAGGAUGUUAAUGAAGCUGAAGUCAACGCCUUGAGAAACUCUGAUGAGGAAGAGGAGGAGCAGCAAGAGGAUACUGACAAGGAUGAAAAGCAACUGGAGCAAAGCAGCAACGAAGAUGAUGGAGAAGGAGAUGAAGAUGUAGCUCAUCCUGAAACCGAAAUUGAGGAUAAAACUCUGCUCUUUCCCCAAUGGUUUCUGGACAAACUCUAUCCAGGGAGUAUCCCACGUUAUUUUGUGGAUCUGUUGCACCUCAGAAAGUACAUCAACAACCCACAGAUUGAACAUUUUGGCCACCACGAUGCAAAUGCGCUGGCAUUGCCCAUACUGAACUAUAGCUUCGCCUUGUUGCAUCAUGUGGCAGGCGAGGAAACACAACCAGAUCUGGAUGAGGAGGGUCAUCCUCUGCCCAUUGAAUACACAUAUCUAACCCGAGCCCUGCGUGUGACAAAUGUUCGUUAUUUUCGUAUGCCAAUUGAGCAAAAGCCUGCCUUUGAAUUUGUGCCCUCAUCACCGGAUGCGAGGCAUCUUCGUGUGAUUUUUGAGGAGCAACUGCCACACGCAAAUGUUCCUCAACUGUUUGAGCAUUUGGAAUUGUUGCCGGAGGAUUUACAGCUCUACUUUCUGGCCAUUGUCUACUGGCUGCACAAAUCGGAGCAUUGUGAUCUGUUGCAUCUGCAUGCGCUUCUCUUGUGUCUCGUCGUGCUGCGCACUGUGGAUGUGACCAUUCCCGCCGAGCGGGAAGUCAAGGAAUUUGCCCGUAGAUUCGGCAAGAUUUUGAAACAAGAGCGUGCAGUGCGGGAUAAGGAGGCGGCGGAGGGAGUUAGGCGUGGAAUAAAGCCCACGUUGCUGGAGUUGCCCGUACCAGAGCGUAUGCCACAUGUGCCCAAAUCCGAUUGCUAUCUGGUGCAGGAGAAUUUGUUGCCGCACUUUCACAUGCAGGAGAUCUUCAAGAAGAAAUACGAUUUGUACUCCACGACAGUGAUUCAUUCGUUUGCCGAGUUUCAGUCGGUUGUCUACCAACUGAAUGGACUCAAUGCAUUGCUCAAUCAGCCGAGGAGCAGUCCUCGAAUGAAUCAACUCUUCUGUGGCGCCUUCAUCUAUAAUCUCUACGAUUUAUUGCGAAAUCGCAUCGAUGUUCGUUAUCAUGUCGAGCAUUUUUUGCUGGCAGACUCCCGUCUCAUGUUUGAUUUUUAUUGUUAUCUGUACGAUUGGUGUGCGCCCUUUGUGCCCCACUGGAAGCAGCAGUCGGAAACGGAGCAGGCAGCGGCCAAAGUCGUGGAAAAGAAGCGUCUGAAGAAACAACGACAGGCGGCAAGAAAGGCGGCCGCUGCUGCUGCUGACGAUGAAACAACUGCAGAUCCCAAUGCAGAGCAGUUGCAGAAGAGUGAGGACGAGGAAGAUGCAUUUUUCGAUUUAAACAACAAAUUCUGUGGUUUAAAAGUUUAACAAUUAAAUACGUUUUGCAAUUAUGAAAUUUUAAACUAAGGCGCCAUUUUUGAGCAGAAGCAAAGUUUAACAACACUGGCUGCUUACAAGCCGUAAAUAUCGUUUGCAGUAAUCGAUAACAGAAGUAGAGGCAAUAAACAAACAAUCGUUUACAUCACUUGUACUUGAAUGACACUUGAUUUUCUUACAUGUGUAUUGAACAAACAAUACUUGUAGUGGGUGGCAUACAAAUUAAUUAAACACUACUUUUGUUAUGACUAAUAAUGUGAAUUAAUUAGUGUAUAUUUUCUAAAUAUGUGCAGUACAUAUUUACGAAACAGCUGUGCAAGGCGCAUAUUUUGAUGGUGUCAUUCCAUCAUAACGCCAACACAGCGACCGCGCAGCUGACGUCGCUGCAAACUCAGAUUUUGUUAUCGUUAUAAUCAGUUCACAAAAAAGAAAAACAGAUUUUACGAACUAAACGAAACUAUUUUGCGAUUAGUUUAGUAAUUAAUUAGCAACAAAAUCACUGCCAGCAACAAAUGCAACUAAUGUGAGCUAAAAGACGCGACCGCAACCCUGGGAACGACAAUAGCCAAAACAAAGGUGACGAGGGCAACAACAA